AUGCCAAGUUCCAGGCGUUGGCUGAUCCUCCAAGGUCCAGUGUUGCUCUCAGCGCCUGCACUACCACCUGCGCGAUUCGCAUUACUUGCAAGCAUUUGGCCCUGGCUCAGCUUGGGCACGGGUGACGAAGAUUGCUUUCGUGGGCAACCUUGGCUCAGCUAUGAGACGUGCUGCCAGGAUAAGUCGCAAGAAGAACUUUGCUGGGGUGUUGAUGCAGAAGGUGUCGGCGAGUAUUGCUGUGGGCGUGAUGUCCGUCCAGGAGCCCGCUCGCUCUUCGCAGCAGAGCUGUGGAAUCUUGUUGGCCAUAUCAUUCUGGAAGUUCAAUCUGCCGUGGAUUGUGAGUUAGCAACGUGGCAGGAUGGAGCAUCUUACAGGUGUGAAAAGGCUUUGUUGGCCAGGCUGGUUCAGUUGGACAUUGUUGACGCUAAAUGGGUCGUCAAUGUAUGGCUUCCCUCCAUGCAUCGAAGGCCCGGAAGGACUUCUGUCGAAAGGCUUCACUUUGCCAUGCUCCUAUGCCAAACAUUUUUACAUUGGCGAACUGCAGCAGUCGUGACAGAAGCACUUGAAGGUGAAUUUCUGACUCCGCUUCGAGUCUCUCAUGCGGCAGCAGCUGACGAGCUGCAUCGAUACUCAUUGCAAGAAACAGGUAGGAGUUGGUCCAAGCAGUUGGCACUGCUCAGGAGUGCUCCACGUGACCUGGGUGUUGUUCAUCUGGGACUAGUUGCAUCUGUGGGCGAGCCGGUGUUCGCCUUCAAGGCCAUGGCCACAAUCCGCUCAGCCUUAUUUUUCGCACGGCAGAGAAGGCUACACUUCCACCUCUUUGUAGAUGCUGCUGGUGAGCGUGCCAUGCGCUACUGUCUUGACGAGCUGCAGCAGAGGGAGCCAAUCUUGGCAUCUCGUGCUGCGGCGUUUGAGCUGCAUGGAGAAGAUGUGUUGAGCCAUUUCUUCAAACUCCUUCAAACAAGCAUUGUACCGGGAUGUCUGGGGCAAACACAGCUCUUUGGUGAUGCCGGCUGGAUUCGGCUUUUCGUUCAUGAACUAUUCAGAAGUCGUCCCGAGGUGGACUUGCUAGUAUUUGUAGACGCUGGAGAUUACGUAUUUCUCGAGGAUGUGUCGCGGAUCCUCGUACAAAGACAACAUUUCAGAGCAUCCCAGCUUGCCGCCUCCCCACGAAACGGAGACAUGCCUUUUCAGCUCUUGGAUUUGCCCCGAAUGAGGCACCACGGCUUCACCAAGAUCCUUUCGGAGACGGUCCGAGAGGGCUUCGAAUCGGCUCCUUCCUACUUUUGCAGCCUUGGGGAGGGCGCCACCACCAAACACCUCGCUUCAAACGAAACACUGUGGCAUGUCUUCGAGGAACCCUGGGUAGUCGAACCCCGGGAGCACGGAGGCAUACAAACUCGAGGUGGCGGCGUCAACAACUUGUGGAACAAAGAAGUUGAUGAUGCCAUCUGGAGGGAUAGGGUCUAUCCAGGGCUCUUCGACUGGACAGUCUUAAGAAUUCACUGCCCGCUCUUUUUGGAAAGUUUUUUUGCAACGACCUUGGAAGGGAAACUGCCGCCAAGUCGCUCACAGUACAAAUUUCUUGGAUGGGCCGUCCGCGUAUAUCAUCGCGGAAGCGUCAGCAACUCGACCUUGGAGGCGUCAGGCUUGCACAGCGGACAUCUCAGCUACGUCCGUUGCAAUGAGAAGGCCUGGGGCGUGCAUUUCACUUCGACCCUGAAGAGUGUGCCGUGGGGCAGAAACUUCCUGAAUUUCUGGGCGGGCGCUAAAAAGCUGGGUCGCGGCGAGGCCGUCGCAUGGGGCAAAGAUGAGCAGGACUGGCUGCAGCGCUCGCUGGCUUCGGCUGCGACUUUUUCCGAGCGGAGCGGAAAGACCAAAAUACCUCCAAGUCAUUGA